GCCGUGCACGGGUAUCCAAGCGCAGCGUCCUCUGCUUCCUCGGGCUCUUCUCCUCAAUCCGUUCCCCGUGCUGUGCCAACCGGACUGGGGAGUUCGCGGUAACCGGAGGGUAAAACGGGGAGAGAGAGAGAGAGAAUCAAUCCAGGCGAGAGGCCGCGGUGGGGUUGGGGAGAGAAUGUUUGGUCCGGACUCUGGAUUGUGUGUGCGUGCUGAGACGAGAGAUGCCAGAUGCGGCCGCCGAGGGAAAAAGUCUCGGCCUUUUGAUUCCUCCCACGCCAGAUGAAUGCCUGUGAGUGAGCCCUCCGUUCCGUUUCAACUUAAAGCCGUGCCGAGGAGAGGAGAGAGGCUGAGGUUGCGGGCGGCGGGAGCGUGCUGAGGAAGAGCUCGUCUUCUUCCGUUCUUCGUCGGUCUUGGUGGGAGGUGAGGAGCGCGUGAAAUCUGGGCCGCGGAGCUGCUUCAGAGGACAAAGGGAGGAGUUCUUCGCCUGCGGGUUCCGUUCCGCCCGCUGCUUCUGUCCUGCUGCAUCUUCAGCUUCAGUACAGCGUCCAUCCUCAUCUUGCGGUUACAGUUCCUAGUCGACGAUGAUGAGCGAAUAAUGGCAUCUUCUUGAGCCGUGUGGGGGAACGGAAGCUCUCGGGAUCCUUUGAUUCAUCCUAUCCGUCGAGCAUUCAUGGCGCGAGGAGGCGGGGUGGUGGUGGGCAAGAAGAACCCUACCAAAACCCUCGCCGCCAUUCUCCUCCUCCUCCUGCUGCUCGCCGUCUUCCCGCGGCCCGCCGCCUCCCAGCCGCUCCACUCGGAGCCCAUGUCCACCCAGCAGUCCCCGCCCCCGCCCCAGCAGCAAUCCAAGAUUCCCCACGCGCAGCCGGGCGGCGGCGCCGCCCGCCUCCGCCGCAUCGCCCUCGGCGUCCUCUUCGGCUCCCUCACCGGCUUCCUCCUCUCCCUCGCGCUCCUCUACGCCAUCCGCCUCACCGUGCUCCACGCCAGGGACGCGCCCGCCAUCGCCAAGGGCCCCGUCUCCUUCACCCCGCAAAUCUCGCCCAAGAACCUCCUGUGCGCGCUCCCCGCCGCGCAGCCGCUCGCGCACGGGACGUACCACAAGCUGGCCCUCGAUGGCGGCCUCACCGUCGCCGUCAAGCGGCUCGAGUCCGUCGCCGCCAACCGCCCCGAGGCCUCGCCCUCCGCGCCGCCGCCCAACGGCUCCAAGUCUGACAUGCGGAGGGUGCAGAGGCAGCUGGAGGUGCUUGCCCGGGUGAGGCACCAGAGUGUGAUGAGCUUGAAGGCGUAUGUCCGAGAGGUCGAUCGGCUCUCCCUGGUGUACAAUUUCGUUCCGGGGGGCAGCCUCGAGGAUGUGAUGAAGAGGGUGAGGUCGCAGCAGCUGAGCCUCGACUGGGACACCAGGAGCAGGAUUGCCGCUGGGGUUGCCAAGGGAUUGCGGUACUUGCACUUCGAGUGUUGUCCUAGCAUACUACAUUGCAACCUUAAGCCAUCGAAUGUGAUGCUAGAUGAAGGUUUCGAACCGAUACUGGCAGAUUGUGGGGUUGCAAGCCUGAUUGAUUCAGGUCCAGCUGAUCCAGAAUCGUUUGGAAGCGUCUAUGCUGCUCCGGAGUUCUACCAAAAUAGCAGAUACACAGAUAAGUGUGAUGUGUAUGCUUUUGGCAUGAUCCUUGGUGUUCUUCUCACUGGGAGAGACCCUAAAGAUCCGUUUUUCUCUGGAGAAGCUGGACGAGGUGGCCUGGCUCGAUGGCUCCGCCAUAUGCAACAUUCCGGGGAGGCAAAAGAAGCACUGGACAGCAGCAUCUUAGGGGAGGAGGUAUGCGAAGAGGAGAUGCUAAUGGCUAUUAGGGUCGCCAUCGUGUGCCUCUCGGACUUGCCAGCCGAUCGGCCAUCCAGCGAUGAACUUGUCGCGAUGCUCGCCCAGCUCCACAGCUUAUAAGUGUCAUCAUCAUAAUCGGCACUAUCUUCAGCAUCAUCGCGAGACAGCGCCAAGUCGUGCUGGAUCAUCGAGCGCUGAAUGUCUAGCGGUAGCUUUUGGCGUCUUCAGGCCAUGCUCAAACGUAUGGGGGGAGAGGAACCAACAAUCCGGAAGCCAAACAGGUAGAGCUGUUCAGUAGUUCGAUGGUAAAACCCUGCUAUGUAGGGCCAGCUACAUGAAACGUGCUGGUGGUUUUGAGCUUCCUGUGAUGAAUGUUCUUCUGCCCAUGAUUUCUGGAUAGAGCCUGGGAAAUGUGCAUAUGUCUAUCUAUUUCUGUAUGCAAAAUGAUGCAUCUUCUUGGAUCUCUUGCAUUCCAUCCCUGUAUGGCUGUAUGCUGUGCUUGUGCAUUGACCAUCAUUUGCACUGGCUCCAUCACUGGCCCACGGCCUGUUGUCCGUUCACCAAGUGUUGGGCUCCACGGCACAAUUGGACAUCAUUUCUCUUCAGGUCACAUGUUCGCCCCUCAUCUGACCUGCAGCUAGCUUGUACCGCUGCUAGUACAUAGCUGGUGUUUUGCAUGCGGGGAUGUUCCCUGACCAGUCCAAGAUGAUGUAAAAUGUGAAAGGAAAUGCCUGUCUGAUUGGUACUACUACUGUAGUAGGGAGCAAGUAUAUGCCAGGGCCCAAGGAGGAGGAGGAGCACUGUUCACUGCCCGUAGUGUUCAUGGACAUAUUAUAAACAUCUUUGCAAUUUUACAUCUGUGCUCCUGCCUGUUUCCAUAUGUAACUUUUCUUUUAACAGAGAAAUUGCAUGUAUAACUCAGCUCUCAUUCUAUGUGAUUUUUUUUGCUAA